AUGACCAGCGAGCUGAAGGAUCUUAAGAAGCAGGAGAGGCAGAUCAAAUCAACGUUUGACAGUGUUAGGAAAUUUCUGGACCAGUUCAAGGCAGAAAAGCAUGCAGCUCAAGUUGCUACCCGUCUAGAAAUGCUCGAGGCUGCAAUGAAGAAAUUCUACACCGUGCAACGCAAAUUAGAAAUUGUGCAAGAGGAAGAAGAUGAGGAAACCAAAGAAACUCCAGAGCAGCGUAGCGAACGACAACAGAAACGUGAUGAUGCCAGUGCUGUGUUGAGCUGCUUUUUCGAAGACACCUACUGCGAACUCAAGGCUAGUUUGAAGGCACUUCUUCCUAUUGAAGCUGAUGUCAUCACACCUCCUCAACCCACUACUCUUCCCAGCAGCCUUCCGGGAACUAACUCUCGUGUAAAGCUGCCUGAGAUUAGACUGCCCAGCUUCGGAGGUUUCACCUGUGAGUGGGUUACGUUUCGGGAUACUUUCCGUAGCUUGAUCCACUUGAACGAUCAGUUAUCGACAAUGGACAAGUUCACGUAUCUCCGUUCAUCGUUAGUUGGAGAUGCCUUCCAGGAAAUGGGAUCGGUUGAUGUAACAGCAGCAAAUUAUUCCGUAGCGUGGGAUCUGCUCCAAAAACGCUACGAGAAUAAAAAAUUAAUAGUAAAGGCCCAUCUUGAUGCUUUGUUCAACAUCGAACCUAUAAAGCGGGAGAGCUUUGAGGCUUUGAGUCAGCUGAUCAGCGAAUACGAUCGCAACCUGCUGCAGCUUGCGAAGAUUGGUGAAGAGACCGAUAAUUGGAGUACUAUUUUAGCUUAUAUGGUGUGCUCAAGACUCGACUCCAGUACUUUGCGCCUUUGGGAGGCUCAUCAUGCAUCGAAAGAUGUCCCUACUUAUGAUGAUUUGAUGGAUUUCCUUCGGCAACAGUGCGCAGUUUUGCAAUCCAUUGCACCUGCCAAACCACAUUUGAACGAGCCUAAACAUCCCCGGUUUUCUGUCAGCCACACAACGGUCAAAUCACCCAGUCGUUGUCCAUUCUGCGGUAGUGAACCACAUUCGGCCUUCAAAUGUCAAAAAUUUCUGAAGAUGAAACUUCCAGAGCGGCAUGAGACGGUGAAACGACAUGGACUGUGCUUCAACUGCUUCUCUUCGUCGCACAUGCUUCGUGCCUGCACCCGUGGAAACUGCCGUCAGUGUCAACACAAGCACCAUACCCUGCUGCAUCCAGUGAGAGUGAACAGUGCGCCAGUUCCGUACAAUCCACAAGUGCCGAAUCGACCAUCAAAUCCCAUCAAUCAACAACAACAACAACCACAACCACAUGCCCAGAACACGACCACACCUACCCACCAGCGAAGUUCACAUUCAAGCUCGUACCCAGUAACACUGCAAAGCAACCCACUACACACCACAGACCCUUCCAUCGAUACACAUGCUUUACCUGUUAACACCUACCUACACUUCACUUCAUCAAGUUCUUCUUUCUACCGCCUUGCUUCUAGCUUCCUGACUGUUGCUGGCAUUGGUGGUUCGGUGGUUCAGUCCAACAAACUAGUCAAAGCUACUAUUCUGCCGAGAGAUCAUUGUAUUUCCUCCUACAUGGAGAUGAUUGAUCUUCAUGUUCUUCCGAAGCUCACUUCUACGCUUCCGACUCAAGCAGUAAGCCUGAAUCAGCUGAAAAUUCCGGCAGAUCUUACUUUGGCAGAUCCAGAUUUCCACCAGCCAGGACCGAUAGACCUCAUCAUUGGAGCGGAGCACUACUACGAUUUGCUUGAGGAUGGCCGUAGAAAACUGAACGAGAACGGCCCGACGAUGCAGAAAACUGUCUUCGGUUGGGUUAUUUCUGGCCGAGUACCCGAUAGCACCUCAGUUGGUCCACGAUCUGCUGCCUAUCCAUGCGCAAAUGUUGAGCUACGAGAUAUAGUAACAAGAUUUUGGGAAUUGGAAUCCUGCUUUUCCAAAAGCUUGUUGUCGGUGGAGGAAUCUGCUUGCGAGGAGUUCUACGACGAAACGACCUACCGAGAUGCAGAUCAACGCUACGUAGUUUCGUUGCCCAAGAAAGGCUACCUCAUCGACAAACUCGGAGACUCCAGAGCCACAGCACUUCGAAGGCUCGAAGGUCUUGAACGACGUUUAGCGAGAGAUUCAGCGUUGAAGCAGCAGUAUUUUGAGUUCAUCCAAGAAUACAUCGACAUGGGCCACAUGAUCGAGGUCAAGGAGGAGGCGAAUCAGCUGGCAUACUACAUGCCCCAUCAUCCUGUUCAGAAACCCGACAGCACCACCACCAAGUUGAGGGUAGUCUUCGAUGCUUCUUGUCGAACAACUUCGGGGGUUUCGCUCAACGAGCCACUUAUGGUUGGCCCAGUAGUGCAGGACGACCUGCUAUCUAUCUUCGGUUCCGGUUUCGCAAAAUCGCAAUUGUGGCAAAUAUUGCGAAAAUGUAUCGCAUGGUGCGCAUGA